AUGAUUAUUGUGCUUUUGCAAUAAAUAUGGUCUAAUAGUAACUUUAAAAUACAUUUUUGGAGUUAUUAUUUUUGUCCUUCCAUAAAUAAGUAAGUAAAUGACAAAUAAUGCUAAUUUUUUUAAAGAUUUAGCAUAAUUUAGAAUGAGAAUCAAGUAAUAACCUAGUAAAAUUACAAAAUUCUUACUUUUUUUGUCUAACAUAGUAUGUUUUAAUUUAGAAAAACUAUGUUUCCUAUCUCUUGCACUAAAGGAAAAAAGGAUUAACAAUCUCAAGAUUUGAGUUUAAGGUUUAAGAAAGUUUAAAAUAUCUAUAAUUUAGGCCAUUUUUAUCACUGA